GUUUUGCUAGCAGACGGCUAUCACUUAAAGCGUAGCCUCUCACCGACAAACCUCUAUUUUGUUACGAUUUUUUUUUGUUUUAAUUUUUGUGAACAAUUUAACAAAACACAUGGUCAGGAUGACACAGAGGCACUGCCUGGAGGGCCAGGUGUACUCGGUGCCUCUCAUCCAACCCGAACUGAGGCGAGAGGAGGCUGUUCAUCAAAUCGCAGAUGCCUUGCUGUACCUGGAGUCCAUUUCUACAGACAUUUUCAGAAGGGUUUCUGAAAGUGUAGAGAAGAACCGGCGCCAGUUGCAGAGCGUCUCUGACCGGAUCCGACUGGCUCAGGCCCGCGUUGAUAAGAUUAAAGGCAGCAAGAAAGCCACCAAGGUUUUCUCUAGUGCCAAGUACCCGGCCCCGGAUCGGCUACAGGACUAUUCAUCUAUCUUUACCGGGGCCGCAGACCCCUCCUCACAAACUCGCCCUCGUCACAAGAUACAAAAUAAACUUCGGCCUUUUGAUGAGACGGCCUGGCAGGAGAAGUUAAUGUAUUUCCCGGUGUGUGUGAGCAACAAGAAGAAGUCCGAGGAUGAGACUGAAGAAGGGUUAGGCAGUUUGCCUCGGAACAUCUCCUCUGUCAGCUCUCUGCUGCUCUUCAACACCACAGAGAAUCUGUAUAAAAAGUACGUGUUCCUGGAUCCUCUGGCGGGAGCAGUGACAAAAACACACACCACGCUGGAGACGGAAAAAGAGGAGAAACCGUUUGACGCUCCUCUGUCCAUCGCAAUGAGGGAGCAGCUGGAGCGACAGACAGCAGAGAGUUUUUUCUACGUGCCAGAUCUGGGUCACGUGCCUGAGAUCGACGUGCCGUCCUACCUCCCCGACCUCCCAGGUAUUGCAGACGACCUGUCGUACAGCGCAGACCUCGGGCCUGGAUUCGCCCCAUCGGGAUCCACGCAGAACAUCCCUGAGCUGCCCUCCUUCACCGAGGAGAGCGUCGCACCUGGAGUUCAGCACCAAGCAAAUUCUCUACCACCUCCACCGCCUCCUCCCCCUCCCCCUCCCCCCGAGCCUGUCCUCACUCCUGCCACCCCUUCAGGAGCUCCUCCACCUCCUCCACCACUUCCCCCUACAGAGAUCUACACAGACGUCACUAAAGCGCCAAGUUCAGGCCCCGUGUCCGGAGCUCCGAGCGAAGUGGUGCAGCCCUCGAACGGCCGCGCCAACCUGCUGGAGUCCAUCCGUAACGCCGGCGGCAUCGGCAAAGCCAAGUUACGCAACGUUAAGGACCGCAAGAUGGAGAAGAAGAAACAGAAAGAGCAGGAGCAAGCGGUCAGAGCUGCAUCCAGCGGUGGAGACUUCAUGUCGGAUCUCUUCAACAAACUGGCCAUGCGCAGAAAAGGCAUAUCAGGAAAAGGCCCGGCCGGUGGGGAGUCCAGCGACGCGCCUUCUGGUACCGGCGGUGCGUUUGCCCGGAUGUCGGAUGUCAUCCCACCACCUCCAGCCCCUCAUUUGGCGGCAGAUGAUGAAGACUGGGAGGCGUGACGUGAUCGGCGAUGAACGGCACCAAUAAAAGUUUCUGUUGAAACCUUUCACUACAUUUCACAAUAACCUAAAUAACCUUUAUCAACCAUAA